AUGCUUCAAGCUUUAAUUUGACAGCGCGCACAGCUCGAGCGAAGCCAACAACCUGUGUGUACAGCUUUCGAGAAGGAAAACGAAUAAGCACGAGAGGAGUUAAUCUGACACUUUUAUUUGCAACAGUUUGUUGAAGCAGUGAGCUUGUUGUUCUCAGAGGCAUCAAAUCCCAGAGGACACACCACACACCACACACACCACCCCCACCACCCCGCCAGACAUCAUGCUGGAGUCUGAGCCUACUGUGUUCCAGCUGCAGCCUAACAUCAUCUCUGUGCGUCUCUUCAAGAGGAAGUUAGGCGGGCUGGGCUUCCUGGUCAAGCAGCGCGUCUCCAAGCCACCGGUCAUCGUGUCCGACCUGAUCCGGGGCGGGGCGGCUGAGGAGUGCGGCCUGGUCCAGGUGGGGGACAUUGUCCUGGCCGUCAACAACAAGCCUCUGGUGGACCUCAGCUACGAGCGGGCCCUGGAGACCCUGAAGAAUGUGUCCCCAGAAAACCACGCUGUCCUCAUCCUCAGGGGCCCCGAGGGCUUCACAACCCACCUGGAGACCACCCUGUCUGGAGACGGACGACAGAGGACCGUCAGGGUCACCCGGCCAGCCUUUCCCGCCUCCAAGUCCUACGAGCGCUGCUGUCCGUUAAGCCCCCUCAAUCCAGGGAAGGGAAGUAAGGACCCACCGCAGCUGAGGGCCAUCGAGAACCUGUCACCCCCCUCGGUGACUCCAUCCUACAGAGAGGCCCUGCUCCAGAGGGGAGGGGUGCAGGCUCUCAUCGCUGCCCAGGACCCCCUACUCCUGAACGGGGUGGAGGAGAACAACGACCUGCUGAAGGAGAUUGAGCCGGUGCUGAGGCUGAUCAAAAGGGAGAUCAACGGAGAGGGACAGAGGACCAUAGAGAGCAGGGACGCUGAGGUGCAGGUGGACAGGGACCUUGGUAAGGGAAACGGCAUUUCACCCCAGCUGGCGUCUGAUAAGGACAGAGUGAGUGAAGACCUGUGGAGGAAGGACAACAACAUGCAGACGGUGCUCCACAACCCUUACUCUGAGACAGACAAGCCUUCAGCCCAGGGGAGGAUCUCCCCUAACAAGGCUCUCCAGAAUGGCAGCCCAUCCAAAUGCCAUCGCUUCAUGAAGAUCAAGAAUGUGGAGACUGGAGUCACGUACAAUGACACUCUACACCACAGCUCUAGUAAGUUGCCGAUCUGCACUGAGCGUGUGUGUUUCGGGUCUAUCAUGACACCAAGUCAGGGGAGCCGCAAGCCAGAUGAGUCUCGGACCAAAGAAGAGCUGCUGCCGCUGGCUACUGACUUCAUAGACCAGUACUACACCUCCAUCAAAAGGUUUGGCUCGAAGGCCCACCUUGACCGGCUCGAGGAGGCGACUAAGGAGAUAGAGGGUUCUGGAAUGUACCAGCUGAAGGACACAGAGUUGAUCUACGGAGCCAAACACGCCUGGAGGAACGCUUCCCGCUGUGUAGGACGUAUCCAGUGGUCCAAACUACAGGUAUUCGAUGCCAGGGACUGCACAACGGCUCACGGAAUGUACAAUUACAUCUGCAACCACAUCAAGUAUGCCACUAAUAAAGGAAACCUGAGAUCUGCCAUUACCAUAUUUCCUCAGAGGACAGAUGGCAAGCAUGACUUCCGGGUGUGGAACACACAGCUGAUUCGCUAUGCCGGUUACAAGCAACCCGACGGUCAGAUUCUGGGAGACCCAGCCAACGUGGAGUUCACUGAGAUCUGUAUCCAGCAGGGCUGGAAGCCUCCCAAGGGCCGUUUCGACGUGCUGCCUCUCCUGCUGCAGUCCAACGGAAACGACCCAGAGCUGUUUGAGAUACCUCAAGAUCUCAUUCUAGAGGUGCAGAUCACACACCCCAAGUAUGAUUGGUUCAAGGACCUGAAUCUGAAGUGGUACAGUCUGCCUGCUGUAUCUAGCAUGCUGCUAGAGGUGGGGGGGCUGGAAUUCACUGCUUGUCCCUUCAGUGGCUGGUACAUGGGCACCGAGAUCGGCGUCAGGGACUUCUGUGACAGCUCUCGCUACAACAUCCUGGAGGAAGUGGCCAAUCUGAUGGCCCUGGACACCAGGAAGACUUCUUCUCUAUGGAAGGACAAGGCACUGGUGGAGAUCAACAUAGCAGUCCUCUACAGUUUCCAGUCAUCUAAGGUAACUAUAGUGGAUCACCACUCUGCCACAGAGUCCUUUAUGAAGCACAUGGAGAAUGAGAUCAGGGUGCGGGGGGGCUGCCCGGGGGACUGGGUCUGGAUUGUACCCCCCAUGUCUGGAAGCAUCACCCCCGUGUUCCACCAGGAGAUGCUCAACUAUCGCCUCACGCCAUCUUUCGAAUACCAGGCUGACCCAUGGAAUCACCACGUGUGGAAAGUCAACAAUGGGACACCCACCAAGAAAAGAGCCAUCGGCUUCAAGAAACUGGCCAAGGCUGUGAAGUUCUCAGCCAAGCUAAUGGGCCAAGCCAUGGCUAAGAGGGUCAAAGCUACUAUACUAUUUGCCACCGAGACUGGAAAAUCUCAAGACUAUGCAAGAACCCUGUGUGAGAUCUUCAAGCAUGCCUUUGAUGCAAAGGUGAUGUCAAUGGAUGAAUACGACAUGGUGGAUCUGGAGCAUGAAACACUGGUGUUGGCCGUGACCAGUACAUUUGGCAACGGAGAUCCACCCGAAAAUGGAGAGAAAUUUGGAGCUGCCUUGAUGGAAAUGAGACAUCCUACAUCCAACACAGAGGACAGAAAGAGUUACAAGGUCCGUUUCAACAGCGUGUCGUCCUACUCAGACACCCGCAAAUCCUCCAGCGACGAACCCGAGCCCAGGGUCAACUUCGAGAGCACCGGACCCCUCGCCAACGUCAGGUUCUCAGUGUUUGGCCUUGGCUCCAGGGCAUACCCACACUUCUGUGCUUUUGCCCACGCUGUGGACACGCUGUUCGAGGAGCUGGGGGGGGAGCGCAUCCUACGCAUGGGGGAGGGAGAUGAGCUGUGUGGCCAGGAGGAGUCCUUCAGAAACUGGGCCAAGAAGGUUUUCAAGGCUGCCUGUGAUGUGUUCUGCAUCGGUGAUGUGAACAUCGAGAAGGCACAUGAUUCUUUGAUCAGUAACGAUCGUAGCUGGAAGAAGAGCAGGUUCCGCCUCACAUACACAGCUGAGGCCCCUGCCCUAACACAAGCAUUAUACAGCAUCCAUAAGAAGAAGGUCUAUGGAGCCAAGAUCAUACAGAGUGAAAACCUCCAGAGUUCGACAUCCAAUCGCUCCACCAUAUUUGUUAGACUCCACACAAAUAACGAGGACAGACUGGCGUACCAGCCCGGCGACCAUCUGGGCAUCUUCCCUGGCAACCAUGAGGACCUGAUUACGGCCCUCAUUGAGAAACUAGAGGACGGUCCACCUGUCAAUCAAAUCGUUAAGGUGGAGUUCCUGGAAGAGAGGAACACAGCACUGGGUGUGAUCAGUAACUGGCUGGAGGAACCUCGGUUCCCCCCUUGCACCAUCUACCAGGCCUUCCAGUACUUCCUUGAUAUCACCACGCCCCCCAGCCCAGUCCUGCUACAGCAGUUUGCCUCCCUGGCCACUAACGACAAGCAGAGGAAGAAGCUAGAGACCCUCAGUAAGGGCUUGCAGGAGUAUGAGAAGUGGAAGUGGUAUAACAACCCAACCAUGGUGGAGGUGUUGGAUGAGUUUCCCUCCAUCCAAAUGCCCUCUACCCUGCUGUUAACCCAGCUACCCCUGCUCCAGCCCAGAUACUAUUCUAUCAGCUCCUCACCAGACGUCCACCCAGGGGAGAUUCACCUCACCGUAGCCGUAGUGUCAUACAAAACCAGGGAUGGAGAGGGCCCGAUCCACCAUGGAGUAUGUUCAUCAUGGCUCAACAGAAUAGAGGCAGAAGAAAUGGUCCCCUGUUUUGUCAGAGGUGCGCCUACGUUCCGAUUGCCAAAGGACCACAGAGCUCCGUGUAUCCUAGUCGGUCCAGGCACUGGGAUCGCCCCCUUCAGAAGCUUCUGGGAACAGAAACUAUUUGACUAUGAACACAAGGGGAUCAAAUCCUGCCCUAUGAUCCUGGUGUUUGGAUGUCGUCAGUCCCAGAUAGACCACAUCUACAAGGAGGAGACAAUCCAGGCUAAGAACAUGGACGUGUUCAAAGAGCUGUACACAGCCUACUCCAGAGAGCCUGGCAGACCUAAGACAUAUGUGCAGGAUGUGCUUUGUGAGCAGCUGUCCGAGACUGUGUACCAGUGCCUGAAGGAAGAGGGAGGACACAUCUACGUGUGUGGGGACGUUGGUAUGGCCGGGGACGUCCUCAAGACCGUCCAGCAGAUCAUCAAACUGCAGGGAAACAUGACGCUGGAGGACGCUGGGUUCUACAUCAGCAAACUCAGAGACGAAAACCGUUAUCACGAGGACAUUUUCGGUGUCACGCUGCGAACGUACGAGGUCACCAACCGGCUGCGUUCGGAAUCCAUCGCCUACAUUGAGGAAAGCAAAAAGGACUCUGACGAGGUGUUCUGCUCGUAGAACCGUAAGUGGGGUUCUGGAGCUUUCUGAUGUGGACCAAUCGGAUGGGCCGUACGCCGCAGGGGGGCGGGGAAACGAGUGACAGACACUACAGCUGAUCGAGAAUACUGUGCCAAGUUUUGUACUGUAAAAAAUGUUUGUUCUUUUUAUAUACCAGUUCAGCUUCAUCACGGUCAGUCAGGCUCUGCACUUAGUCUGUAGCAAGGUUUGAAAUAUUUAGUUUUUUUAGAAUUUUGAGAUGCGUUUUUUUGUUUAUUCCGAAAUGAAUUACAUUCAGAUUUCAUUAUGCAUAAUAAUGUGUACCUAGUAUUAUACCAGCCUCUUUGUUGAUGCAUGAGCAAGAUGACAAUAUUGGUACAUAAAUAUACUGUUAGCUAUUUAAUGUUAGAAUCAAACCCUUUUGCUAAAGUUUUAUAUUUGCAGGACUACUUAUGGUGAACAAGGUCACAAUGCUUUGAUUGGAGAUUCAGUCUAAGUUCCAUUCCCAACCAACUGAAUCAAAUGCAUUUCAACAUAUACUGUACAAGGCUGAAAUGUUGUCAGUCUGAGCUGGUCUACCCUGUUUUGGUGUGUAUGAGAGAGAGAGAGAGAGAGAGAGAGAGAGAGAGAGAGAGAGAGAGAGAGAGAGAGAGAGAGAGAGAGAGAGAGAGAGAGAGAGAGAGAGAGAGAGAAAAUACAGAAAUGGGUGCAGUGAAGAACUAUGAACCAGAUUUCCUUGACAGUCCAUCAAAAUGCAUUUGUUUCUCUGUCUCUCCGCCUGGUUGUCAAGAGAAGCAGUGCUUUCUCCCUAUUUUGUGGUCUGAUUUCCAACAGGAACUGCAUUCAAAUGUGGACAAAAGCCAAUGCAAUGUUUGAAAUGUCAUCCAGUGGGAGUGCCUAUGCAUGUGUAUCUUCUGUAUACAUUCAUAGCUAAUAUUUAACAAUUACACACAAAAACCAAUGCGUAUAAUCUAGAGGGCUCUGCAUCUUCUAAAUGGUAUACAAUAUUAUCAAGGGGGGGGGGAAUCUAUGGCACAUAUCUCUGGCUGCCUUCCUAUUUAUUCGCUUAGACCAAAUACUGAGGUAUUGGGGUGCUGUCUGAUAGCUUUGAAAUAACUUCAUAUAUGGUACAUAUUUCCAGUGGUAACUGAGUGAGGAAAGUAGUCAUGAUUCUAAGUGAAUCAAGAGGUUGGGUUGCUUUGCUUGCAGUCCUUGGCCAACCAUUACCAGAGACGGAAAAGGAAGUGAGACAUACAACGCGCUCCUUCUUUUCUGCUAAUUCAUUGGUGCCUGUGGGAGAGCCACCACUUAAUCAGACCGUUACUGGUAGAGAAAAAAUGAUAUGAUAAAUGGCCUAAGUGGGACAUCUUCAUUUAACCAUGUAACCAGAGUUAUAUAUGGCUAAAUGUACAGUAACUAUCAAUGUAGAGGAACCCCUGUUUGUGCAUAUUGUCUUUCUUAUCCCCAUGUCAUCAGAUCUGGAAUAAAUAGCAGGAUUCUCAAAUGGGAGAAUCUUGAAUAGCGGAUCUUGAAUAGCUAGUUUGGAGCGAUUAACCAACCUUUCCAAUUUUGGGGGGUUAUUAAACAACUUAUUGACCGACAUCUGUUUAAUUACUUGAAUUCCAUUUAGUUUUGUUUGUUUUGUGAGCCCACCACGCCAAUUCAAAACUUUCACGAGAGAAAUCUGAGAAAUCAAGUCAAGAACUACACUGAACAAAAAUCUAAAUGCAACAUGUUAAGUGUUGAUCCCAUGAGCUGAAAUUAAAGAUCCCAGAAAUGUUCCACACUCACAAAAUGCUUAUUUCUCUCAAAUGUUGUGCACAAAUUUGAUUACAUCCCUGUUGGUGAGCGUCUCUCCUUUGCCAAGAUAAUAUAAUUUUCUCUCUCUCUCUCUCUCUCUCAUUGCAUUUUAAAGAUCAAGAAAUGAAUAAUUAGAUCAUUGCAUUUUGGCUGUUGUCAUGGCAAUCCAACUAAGUCGAGUUUACUUCAUUGUAAAAGAAGGUUGAGGACGAUAUUUUAAUAAAAAUUAAAUGUAUGAUAUUCA